UUGUCCCUUCGGGGACAUCCGAUAAAAUUGGAACGAUACAGAGAAGAUUAGCAUGGCCCCUGCGCAAGGAUGACACGCAUAAAUCGAGAAAUGGUCCAAAAUUUUUUCGUUCCCCAAAAUUUCCCAAACUCCAUGUGUGGAUUCUUCCAUGGCUUCCACUGUCUUCUUCGUUCUGCACAAAGAAGUUGCACAGGGAUUGCUGCUAGGACCUCCAUCAGCAUCAUGUGGGACUUGUGAAUUGCUCUUAGACUAGAAUAGAACUUCAUCAGGAAUGGAAACUGCCUCAUCAUCUUUCCCAAGUUCUUCUACUUCAUCUUCUAUUGAGCGAUGGAAGUAUGAUGUUUUCCUCAGCUUUAGAGGUGAGGACACCCGAAACAAUUUUAUGGAUCAUCUAUUUAUUGCUUUGAAAGAGAAAGGCAUUAACACUUUUAGAGAUGAUGAAAAACUUGAGAAAGGAAAAUCCCUCUCAUUGGAGCUGUUGAAAGCAAUAAAAGAAUCAAGAUUUGCUAUCGUCAUUCUCUCAAAAGAAUACACAUCUUCUACUUGGUGCUUAGAUGAACUUGCAAAUAUCAUUACUUGCAAGAAAGAUAUGGAAAUGACAGUUUUACCUGUAUUUUACUAUGUUGAUCCAUCUGAUGUACGAAAACAAUUGGGAACUUUUGCACUAGCAUUUGUUAAACAUGAAGAAAAGGAGAAGAAAACAAGGGUGGAUAAAUGGAGAGAUGCUUUGAGACAAGUGGGCAACCUCGCCGGAUGGCAUUUAAAGGAUGCUAGAGUGAUUCCUUCAUGUAAUGAUAACUGUUAUGGUCCACAUCAAAUCCUACAGUCAAUAAAUUAGAGAUACCUGCGUGGCUAAUUGGUGGCCACUUUAUAUCCAUCCAACAUAGGCGCACACAUCAGUAUGUCUACCAAACUGUGCCACUAAAUGACCAACCGUGAAUGGUAUUGGUUUUGUUCUUGAGCAAGAAUGGACUGGUGAUAUUUGCAGUUGUAUUGUUGGAGCAGAUUCAAUGAUUAUGAUUUAUGAUUAGUAGUUUGCUUUUCUUAAACUCAGAUGGAAUUUACUGGCGAAGUUUGGAUAAAAGUAGAAGUUUAAAAUGCUCGCAUACAGAUGACAUAUGAAGAGGAAUGGCAGGGUAAGCACUGCAAGGGCCAUUGAGCGGGUGUAAUGUUAGUUUGUUUUUGGUAGUGGUUGUUGGCGUUUUAUACUCUCGUUGGUUUUACAAGAACAAAGUAGCUUAUGAGGGCUGGUGGGUUUCUCUCACGACUGUGGUAGAACAUAGCAGAAGAUAUUUGUACAGUUGCCUAGAAAACUGUAACGAAGAUUUUAUUUUGGAAGGAAAGAAUAGAGCUUUGAGCAGGAAUCUUUUUUCCUGGGCAAUGUGCAUGAUGGCAUGUGCUGCUGUUAAUUGCGGGUGUUUAUUCCAAGAAGAAGUUUAGAGGUUCUGCAUUUGUGUGCAAGGAUUGGCAGGGAAGGUGGCUGGUGCUAGGUUGCUACAGUGGAGUAGCAUCAACCAAAGAGGGAGCUACUUUCCCUGAGACGCUUUGUUUGCUGGAAAUGAAAUAGCUGGAAAUCUUUUGUCAAUGAAUGGUUUAGAUAUGUUAAUACCAGAAUUUUAGAAGAUGUAUAGUGUUUAGCUAAAGAAGCAAAGACUGCAUUAGUGAAUCUUAUAAGGGCUAGUUGUUGCUGUUCAUCUUUCUUGGUUUGGUUUUGUACCGAAUGCUUUUAAUACAUACAGAUAAAAAGAGGAGUGGGGUUACCUUGAUAAAUUUUACUGUUGCCCAGAUGUAAUUGUUAUUUUAAAACGUAAUGCAAAGUAAAUGAGAACCGCCUGUGUGUUUC